GGUCAGUAGUUAUUUACCUCGAGCCUUGAAUUGCUCGAUCGCAGUUUGGCAGGCAUAGCUGUCUUUACUGACUUGUGUGGAGAGCGAAUUUAGAGUAUGGCGUUCUCGUCAAAGAUUUUACUGCUUGUGGGUAUUUCUCUGGCACAGUUUUACAUCGUGCAAGGUCAGAGUUACAUGAACUGGGUCGGUCGAUGCUGUACUAAAGGUCACCGCAAGGCCUCAAAGAAUUAUGACCCUUCUUCAUGUAAUUCGGAUGAUUUGGACAGGCGACGAUUUAAUACUAAGUUUGAACGUUGGAUUUGUCGGUUGUCUGAAAGGGUAUGCUGUAUGAAAGAAAUACAGAAGAAAAGCUGCCAGAGCGGAAUUUUUGAAGCGUUACUCGGGAAUUCCUGUGGCAGGUUCAUGCCUUUUGUUGGCGGAGAUGAUUUCCGUGAGUGUUGCGAUUGCUGUUCUCUGGGAGUCAUGGCCAAAGCGAACAACGAUACCACUUGCUCAGCGGAAAGGUUCCCGGCGAUGCUGCUAUCCAACUCAAGCAUUCAAUGCAUCAAAACAUUUAAACAGUGUUGCAAAGGAACGAUCUCUCUCCCUACGGUCCUUCCAACCGCCAGAAAGCCGAAGUGCUCCGACAAUUUCUGUCAACAGGAAUGCCAAGAUUCACCCACACAAGGGGCACAAUGUACCUGUCGAGAUGGAUACCUCCUGAAACCUGACAAAGUAUCUUGUCAAGACAUCAACGAGUGUAAGUUAAGAGGUGGUAAUACAUGCAGUCCUUUAGAACGGUGCAUCAACACUCCUGGCAGUUAUCGUUGUGAGAAGGGAACAACGGAGGCAGCGUGUAAACUGGGGGAACAACUAGUGGAUGGAAGUUGUGUAGAUAUAGACGAAUGUGUGCGUGGACUUCAUCGCUGUGGAGCACAGCAGACCUGUGUUAACAAUGAUGGAUCUUACGUUUGUACCUGCAGGAAUGGUUUCCAAGCUUCUGGGACAUCAUGCAUCGACAAGGACGAGUGCAGCACAAGAGAGGCCCGAUGCCCUCAGUACUCAAGCUGUGUCAACAAUCAAGGGUCUUAUCGAUGUCAGUGUGAAAAAGGGCGGCAAUUACUCAAUAACAAGUGCGAGGAUAUCGAUGAAUGUUCAUCCAGCAAAUCUCCCUGUGCCCAGGGUACGAGGUGCGAGAACACGGACGGAUCUUACAAGUGUACCAGGAUCACUGUUGCAUGCAGAUCAGACCAAGUACUCACUGCUAACGGAACAUGCAAACUGUGUGAAAGAGUCCAGUGCGGGAGUGGUUUUGUUUGUAAUCCUAAUGCCCCAAGGCGGCCUUGCGAAGAUAUCGAUGAAUGUUCACUAUCGCCUCCCAAAUGCAAAGCAGGCGAAGUAUGUCUGAACUAUAUAGGCUCAUACGAGUGUCGAGAUUCCUGCAGAGGUGUCGACUGUGGCAAAGGGUUGAAAUGUCAGGCAUCUGGGAGGUCGUAUAGUUGUACGGAUAUUGACGAGUGCGCUACCUUGCCAAGGAGGUGUACGGGAGAUCAGGAAAUUUGCGAGAAUUACUAUGGAGGUUACCGAUGCAAAUGCCGAGAUCGAUUUCAGAGAAAUUCCCAGACAAGGAGAUGCGAGCGUAGAAAUUCUUGUUCGUCGGUUAAAUGUCCUCGGGGAUACAAAUGUCUGGUGAUCGACGAUCGCAAUUAUCGAUGUAGAGACAUAGAUGAAUGCAGUGAGUCACCGCCUGUAUGUCUGCCAGGACAAAGAUGUGUUAAUUACGCUGGUGGCCAUUACUGCUCGUGUCGCAACGGAUAUCGACUGAACAGCAUAACCAAUAGAUGUGAAGAUAUCGAUGAAUGCACUGAGAGGAGGUCUGGUUGCAGUCAAAUCUGUGAUAAUACACCAGGAUCAUAUGUAUGUCGCUGUAGAAGAGGUUUUAGACUGGCGGCCGAUAAACGAUCGUGCAUAGAUGUGAAUGAGUGUCUAAAUUCUCCAUGUUCCGGUAGAGCUACUUGUAGAAAUACAUUUGGUUCUUUUGUUUGCCAGUGCAAACAAGGAUACGAGCUGCUUGCCGAUGGACUGACAUGUAGAGACAGAAACGAAUGCAACAGCGUCACUUGUCCCUACAGAUGUGUGAACACCAGAGGAGCAUAUUACUGUAUCUGUCCAAGUGGUUAUAGUAACCAGUCCCGCUAUUACUGCACAGAUAAUGAUGAAUGUCAAGCUGGGAAAGACAAGUGUAAAGACGAUGAAUUUUGUUUCAAUACUUACGGCUUUUACCAGUGUAUACCAAAAUUAUCCUGUUCUUCAGAUUACGUUCAAGUCUCUGACACGCGAUGUGACAGAAAAAGCUGCAAAAGUGGUGACCAAGCCUGCUUUAAUCAAAAGGUUCAGAAGAAGAGCCUAUGGACUUUCCGGAUGCGUAACAACGAAACUUCGUCAACAAUCUUCAACUAUCGCAUUUUUACUUAUGGCUACAAAGUUCGACCAAUGGUGAAGUUCUAUUUUAAUCGCGGGAAUGAACUGGGGUUUUUCGAAAUUCAGACGCAGGAUGAAAGCAAUGGGGUAUCUGCUUCCAUCCGAAACAAAGAAGCUAUUGAGGGCCGUAGGAGGUUCAUCAUGGAAUUCUAUGGAGAUGUUAUUGAUGCUGAGAAGGGCGAACUGGUGUCACGCUUCGAGCAUCUGAUGUACAUUUUCGUGUCACGUUACGAUUAUUAACCUGCUCCAGUAUGUCACGCAAAAAAAAGUCUUGACCGUCUUUUCCCUCAGUUUAAAACUGUGCUAGAUAGGUUCGAAGAGAUCUGGAUACGAAUCAAUGCGUGCAAGUUGUCAUGGGUAUGAUUGUGUUCGCGUAAAAGUAAUAGGCUAAAAAAACCCCUUUCAUAUGUUUACCUUUGCUAAUUUCAAAAGAGUUUUCUCGACAUAGGAGAAUCUGGUAUAGUAUAACUUUGCUGGUUAAUUAUGUUUAAGGUAUGUUUUGUUGUCAAGGUUUCAGGAGUGAAGUUAUGUGCGCUUAUUUGUCGUUGUUAGAUUACAUCAAUAUAUAUGCGACUUAAUUGAACGAAGUUUGUAACUCAGUUAUGGGCUUGCAACGUCGUUUUGGCGUAAGAUAAGCUCGAAAAGUAUCCCUAUUACUCGAUAACAUUUUAUUGUAUUUCAAUAGUUUAGUUUUACCUCAACGUACUUUAUAUCCUCAAAUUUCUUGGUCUA